GUCUUAAUGAACACUGUUGUUUCUAUCUCAAUUUAAAACUGCAAUAAAUUAGAAACCGAAACAUCCGUUUCCCAAUGUUUACACAGGAUAACAACCCCGCAAAUUAGUAACCGAUGCCCUCACCACCAACUGUGAAACGAACACGUGACACUUGAACCGAACCGAUUACUCCCUGUAAAGAGAGGUCAUAAAUUUUCUCCAGAAAUAGACAACGAUCAGCAAUCAGCAGCAUCCAUCGACCGAACAUAAGAGGCAAGAAGUGUGCUGCGUGCUGUGGCUAUCACUUGCUAGGAAUCUCCUGCGACGACCCCGAGCAACGACGGCCAAGAAAAGGAAAACAAACAAACGCCUCCUCACAUUGACGCUUUAGGCGAGCAGAGAUGAUGGCACUUGCUUGGUGUGAUGAUCUACUCUACAUAUCAUCAUUUCGAAGGAACUUCCUUUCCUCAUUCACAUCGUCGUCGUCGGGUCGGGUAACGAGUUCACAGUCAGCCGCGGCUUAUUUUCCCACUCAUCGCGCUCGCUCUCAUUGCUCAUUAACGACUUAAUUCAUUUAACAAGUGUUCGCUUACUAGACUACCAAUUCAUCCAGUCACUAGCGAGUGCGGCAGCGUGAUGUCGCCUGACUUGAUCGUUUGAUCAACCGCGCGGUAGUUGCGAUCGCGGUUCACCACAGGAAGGAUGUACUUUCAAGUAGGGAUUGCGCGGUGAAAAGUAAAGGGUUUUGUACUGUAGCGAAAUGAGUGUCGUCAAGGGUCGAAGGACUGCGAAGAAUAGAGCCAACAGUAAUGCGGCUCGGGUGGAGAAAGUGAUGCAAAGUGUGUACGAGGAACUGUUCGGUGAUGCGGCACAACCGUUGGCAGAGAUUGAAUGUGACCCUUCAUGUGCAAUUGGAUUUGGCAAGGAUUCGCAAGGUGAAGGAUCAGUGGAUGGUGAAUAUCAUCAACGGUCACAGGCCAAUGCCAGAGAACGAUUCCGGACGCACAGUGUCAACUCGGCGUUUAACAAUCUACGACUGCUGAUUCCCACGGAACCCAAAAAUCGAAAACUUUCCAAAAUUGAAACGCUUCGUUUGGCCAAAAGCUAUAUUUCUCAUCUGAUAGCUGUGCUGAUUACUGGAAACACUUGGCAACCGUGUCUGAUGGCGCAAUCUUCACAACUUCUGGGUGAUGAACACGGUGAAUGCGGAAGCACGAGCGACAGUAGCCAGUGCAGUCGAGGAUCAGGGCCUACUUUGCUUAGGAGUGUAGAACUCGGAAUAGAAAACUACGAGCCAGUAGGAUCUGGCAUAGGUUUAGAGGGAACGGGAAGGGCUGCAAUUUGCACAUUUUGUGUUUCAGUAAAAAGGUAAAGAGUUAUUA